AUGGUCUUGACAAAUAACAUCACCUCUGUUAUCCUUCUGGGAAUUCCUAAUCUUCAAAACUUCACAUUUCUGUUCUUCUCUCUACUAGUUUUUAUAUACUGUGCAACCAUUUCUGGAAACCUUCUCAUCUUGUUCUUGUAUUUAGUGAGUAAAUCCCUUCGAUCGCCCAUGUACUUCUUCAUUACACAGCUUUCACUCUGUGACCUCCUGCUCUCUACAGAUAUUGUCCCCAUGCUUCUUCAUACCAUUCUGUAUGGGGGGACCACUAUGACUCUUCCCAGCUGCAUCAUCCAGUUUGUUUUCUUUGUCAUCUCAGAGUCCUCGGAAUGUCUUCUUCUGUCAGUGAUGUCCUAUGAUCGGUAUCUGGCCAUCUGUAACCCCCUUCGUUAUAUCUCCAUCAUGAAUAAUAUGUUUUGUGUGACAUCAGUAGAUAUCAUUUGGUCGGUUGGCUUUAUAGUGACAUUGUAUUAUGCAAUUUCAAUAAAUAAUUUGUAUUUCUGUGGACCACACGUUAUUGACCAUUUCUACUGCGAUAUUGAACCUAUCCUGCAGCUCUCUUGCUCUGAUACAUCCAUAAUUCACAUCCGACUUCUUAUACUGAGUUUUUUCUUUGCAAUCUUACCUUUUAUAAUCAUUGUGAUGUCCUAUGUCUACAUUGUCAUCGCCAUCCUGAAGAUUCAAUCCAAUACCGGAAGACAUAAAGCCUUCUCCACUUGUAGCUCCCACCUCAUUGUGGUUUCCUUAUUUUAUGGGACAAUAAUCAUUGUUUAUAUGUUUCCUAGAAAAGGACAAUCUCUGCUCCUGAGUAAGGUCUUGUCUCUGAUGUAUACUGUGCUGGCCCCACUGCUCAAUCCUAUCAUAUACACCCUGAGGAACAAAGACUUCAAAGAAUCUUUUCAGAAGGUUAAGUAUGUUAUAAAAGAGUCCAUUCACAGUAUGUUUUCAGUGUAA